AUGACCGAGUUUGACGAUUGCAGUCACAGCGCAUCCAAUAUGUAUCUGCCAGGGUGCGCUUAUUACGUCUCACCCUCAGAUUUCUCGACGAAACCCUCUUUUUUGUCGCAAUCGUCUUCCUGUCAAAUGACUUUUCCUUAUUCUUCUAAUUUACCUCAUGUCCAACCUGUGCGCGAAGUAGCAUUCAGGGAAUACGGAUUAGAGCGCAGCAAAUGGCAGUAUAGGGGCAGUUAUGCUCCUUAUUACUCAGCUGAAGAGGUGAUGCACAGAGACUUUCUGCAGCCUGCGAACAGGAGGACGGAAAUGUUAUUCAAAACGGACCCCGUGUGCAGCCACCAUGGACCGUCUCCUGCUGCCUCCAACUUCUACAGCUCGGUGGGGAGGAACGGUAUCCUGCCGCAAGGCUUCGACCAGUUUUACGAGACAGCCCCCGGACCCCCGUACCAGCAGCACUCCGAGGGCGAGGGGGACGCGGACAAGGGCGACUUGAAGCCCCAGAACAGCACUUGCAGUAAAACACCUUCCAGCCAAGAAAAGAAAGUGACAACAGCAAACAGCGCCGAUUCCCCUUCUGGUGAGGCUGUUGCAGAGAAGAGCAACAGUUCAGCGAUUCCUCAGCGAUCAAGGAAAAAGAGGUGUCCCUAUACCAAAUAUCAGAUAAGAGAACUGGAACGUGAGUUUUUCUUCAACGUGUACAUAAACAAAGAGAAGAGACUGCAGUUGUCCAGAAUGCUCAACCUCACUGACCGACAAGUUAAAAUCUGGUUCCAGAAUCGAAGGAUGAAAGAAAAGAAACUGAACAGAGAUCGACUCCAAUAUUUCACUGGAAAUCCCUUGUUUUGA